UUUGUAAAUCUCCAUUUCUCUUUCUCUGAUCUUCCUCUCUGUAAUAAGCAGCUACUAUGUUCAUCAAUGCAACAUCUUUCUUCUUUCCCUCAAUGAUUGAUAUACUUUACUGAGAUUGCAAUAUGGUAUCAGAGCCACGCAAUCGGAGCUGAAACCAGUACAUUAGCUCCACCGGAAGGCUUAAUCAAGCUCCAGUCCCACCGAUUUCUUCCUCACAGCAGAAUCUAGGCAUUGAAGACUACAAUAGUCCGUUCUACUUGCAUGUUAACGAAAAUCCGAGUGCAAUUCUGGUCAAUCCUCCAUUAACCAGUGCAAAUUAUCAUUCCUGGUCCAGAGCAAUGCAAAUGGCCCUAGAAGUGAAGAAUAAGUGGGGAUUUGUCGACGGCUCAAUCAUCCCUACCCCAACCAAUGAUGAUCCGCAGUACGCCGCAUGGAAGAGAUGUAAUAUUGUGGUGAGUUCCUGGAUACUUAAGUCCGUAUCUCAAUCCAUAGCACAAAGUGUGCUUUGGAUUAAUUCAGCCAAGGAUAUUUGGGAAGACUUGAGAAAGAGAUUUUCUCAAGGAGAUUCAUAUAGAAUCUCAGCUCUUCAAGAUGAAAUUAAUGCUCUUAGUCAAGGAAGUCUUAAUGUUACAGACUAUUAUACUCGGUUCAAGAUAUUAUGGGAUGAAAUGAAUGUAUUAAGACCUCUUCCCAUAUGCUCUUGUGGAGUCAUUGCUGAAAUGAGGAAAUACCUUGAUGAUGAUUGCGUAAUUCGAUUUGUCAAAGGUCUUAAUGAGGAGUUUAAUAAUAUGAAGUCUAAUGUCCUGAUGUUGGAUCCUAUACCUGCUAUUCAUACUGUUUUUUGGGAUGGCACUUAAAGUUGAAAGACAGUUGAAUGAUCUUCAGAAUGGUAUUGGUAACAGUGAGGUCUCACACGCCAAUGUCAGUUCAAGUAAUGCUUCUGAACUAGUGAAUGAAAAAGUUGUGGCUUAUGUUGCAGGUUCUAAUCCUAGAAAUAGUAACAAUAACAGGAAGAGGUUUGUUUUUAACAAUGGGAAUAAAGCUGCUAAGUGUACGUAUUGUGGGAUGACAGGUCAUACGAUUGAAAAAUGCUAUAAGAAGCAUGGUUUUUCACCAGGUUGGAUCCCAGGAUAUAAGUCAAAAAAUAAACAAACACAGAAUAAAAGCCAAGGGAAUCCAACCUCAAGUGCAGUCAAUCAGAUUGGAGGGGAUAUAGGCCUCACUAAUGAACAGUUUCAAAAACUGUUAUCUCUAAUGCAAAAUCAUAUGGGACAGACUUCAACCAGUACUUCCACAGCUGCUAGUAUUUCAGUAAAUACUCCAACAGUCUCAUUCCUAAUUUUAAAGCUACAGCAGGACAAUCAACAGAAGGGGGAACAUGGUAUGAAGAGGACUGGUUUUGCUAAAGAGGAAAAUGGAUUAUACUACUUGACCAACCCACCAGUGAGAAGACAUUUGUUUUUUUAAUAAAAUUUCAGAGUUGCAUUGUAAUGUUGUGGGAUUAGAAACUUGGCACAAUAGAUUGGGCCACUUCCCUGUUAAUAAAAAGCACUUGUUGCAUGAUG